UUACAUGAGUUAGAGUUUGUUUUGAAUGUUGCAAAAAUCUAAAUAUUUCUAUUUAUCUAUAUUAAAGUUUUAAAAGAAGUUGAAGCUAUGUGUUAAAGUUGAAAUAACUUGCUUAGUGUUUCUCGUAAUAAAAAGAUUCCACAACAUCAUGAAUUUAAACGAAGGUACUGCCGAAGACUUGUGGACCCCAUUCAAAGAACUGAUCGCUGUCGUAGAAUGUUAUCUUACAAAUGAAAGCGACAAAGCAUCAUACGCUGUCCAUACGUUCGAAUCAGUCCUGAGACGACACAAACAAACAUUUUUAUCUUUAUUAAAAAAUCCUGCAAAGAAUCCUGGCAGUAGAGAGGAAAUUAAACGCGGAAUUACCGAAGGUGUUAACCUACCUAGCAUUGGACGGACACUUUUGUCCAAGGAGCUUGUAGAUGAAGCUAUCAUACUAUCAGAUAUGUACAAUGCAAAUGAGUUUGCAUGUUUGGAGUUACUGCAUACAGCGCAACAACAAAGUUCCCGUCACCCCGGCUUAGCGAGAGGACUGCUGGCUGUUAUACUGUACUAUGAUGGCCGGAGAGCUCUCAUACAGGCACUAAGAGAAUUGGUCAUGGCUAGAGAAGGUGUUUCUUGGUCAAUAAAUGUUCGUGAAGAGAUAGUUUCCUAUGUGUCACGUUAUGUAGACCAGCUUAUAGCAGACGGAUUGUUGGGGAGUGUACUAGAUUCAAUAAGAUGUUUUACCUUGGACAAUGAACUGGACUUGCUGAGACGGAACCGGGCUCUGCCACCACGAAGACAUCAUGUCCGGCUUGUAGCCACUAUUACUACUACCAGAAAGCUAUUGGCUGGUGUGAUAUUUGCAGCAUCAGCGCAACGGGGCCUAGAGAGGGACAUAUUAUUGCGACUGUUGUCAGAGGAGAUGUGCUCCGCGAAGCGCGGUCCCAGUGGCGCUCUAGAUGAGACGUCCCUGGCGCUACAGAUGGCACUGCUGUAUGCGCUGGAUCUCUCCGUGUUGCACAGGAGGGAUGAUGGCGAAGAGCUAGCUAAGAAGCUGCCCCUGAUCUAUGACGCGGAUCUGAUAUCAGUGCUUGUCGACGAGUUGAGUCCGGGCACGCCGCAUGAGGGCAAAGGCGGGGGGCUCCGCGCGCUGUGCCAGCUGGCGUUAGGGCUGGCGCUCAGUGCGCUCAAGCGAGCGCCCGUACUACGGCGCGGCGCAGAAGCUAAGAGCGAGCUGCUGGAUCAAGACGAGGUGUUGGUGGACGCUGCUAUUGAUGGAGAGGUCUUUGAGUAUUUGGAUGAGGCUAUACUGUCUUCCGACGUGAUAGCCAAUGAGGAGUAUUACCAGCGGAGGAUCCAUUCACUGAUCACUGAUUUCAUUGUUCUGAUGCAUUCAAAACUGAUGGAGAUGAGAGUCAAAGCGGAUGAGAAUGCCCGUGCGGCGCAGAUGUACGCGGCGGAGGGCCUCGCGCCGCCGGCCGGGUCGACGCACCGAUCGCGGCUGGACGCGCUACUGCGCUGCGUAGAGCGAUUGUACGCCCGCGACCCGCGGCAACUGGUACGCGACUACUGGCUGGCGUGCGACGCGCCGCACAGGUGCGGCAGUCGCGCUGCGUCGCUAUACAAGUUCGUGCGCCUGUCGGGUGCGCUUGUGGCGCCGACGUUGCUGGGGUCGUACCUGCGCGCGCUUGCGGCGUUGGCCGUGCCGCGACACACGUGGGCGCUACUCGCCCGACGGGACGCGCUCUCGGCACACCACCUGCUAACCGCACUCGCAUUAUACCACCGUAAUCUCCGCGCUGACCCGGCCCCGUUCUCGGAGCACGCGCACGCAUCCAUGGGCGCAUCAGCCGUUGUGGCGCCCGUCGCUCCCUCCAACCGCCCCGGCAGGAUGCUCGUCAGACAGGAAGAGGUGGAUGCCAUGAUCGCAGCUCUGAAGCUGAUAGCGGCCGUGGCCCGCGUGGACGAGACAGCCUGCCUCACCAUCUGUGAGAACCUCCAGUGGGACGCCGUCAACUGCAUGUUCGGUCUGAUCUGCUGUCACGUGCCGCUGCAGCUGAAGGCGGAGCUGUGUACGACGUUGGGCGCACUGGGCGGUACGGCGGCAACUGCGCCGCGAGUGUGGGCCGCACUGGAGGCGGCGCAACUCGUGUCCACCUCGAAGGACAAACGAGCGCUUAACGCGGAGCUUAUAGACGUGGAGUGUCGGAUAGAGCAGUAUCCUCUGUCGAUAGCGUUUCUGAAGCUGCUCGAGUCGCUGUGUGCGAGCGCGCCGCUGCCGCGUACUCUGGGCGCGGGCGCGCGCGAGCCCGGCCUCGACCCGUACGUGGAGCACGUGGUGACCCGGCUGGCGUUACCCGCGCCGCACCGUCUGUACCAGAACCUGACCGACAAGUGGCAGAUGAUGUCGCUAUGUUUCCGAUUGUUCGUACUCUGGUUGGAUCAGUACGAGCCGUCGCCGGCAGACUUCCCUCCGACGAACCAAGACCCGGACUCUAAUCCACCGCCUGGCUUCAGGAUCCUCAUGAGCAUGCACACAAAGUCGGAGCUGCUGCGGCUCGUGUUUAGUAUGCUGGAUGAGACAUACGAGCUGAUGGAGAGACAGCCAAUGCCUGAACAGCGUUAUGUGGAGGAGACGCUAGUGAGCGUGUUGCGUUUGCUGGAACGAGCGCUGGUGCUGGAGAAGCCGCUGAGUUCCGCCGCUGCCGACGCAAGCCGCGCACCGCUUCUGCUGCCCUUGUCCAAACUGAUCUUGGGUCCGGGCGGCGUAGACGCGGAGGGCGCGCCCCGCGACCGCCUGCUGACGGUGUGCCGCCUGGCGGGCGUGUGCGGCAGCGUGCCUGCGGCCGCCGCUCGCGCCGUGGCGCUGCUGUCGCGGGCACUGCUGCACCCGGCCUGCGCGCGACACCUGCUGGCCGCGCGACACCUGCCACCGCACCACGCGCUGCCGCUCAGACACGCUUUCGUCGAGUGUCUGGAGACGGAGGAGUCGUGUUGCGGCGAGGAGGGCGUGGCCGACAUCCGCGCGGCCAAGGAGGGCGUGCUACAACUGUUGCUGCAGCUGCUGCCAUCGGCGCCGCCCAACUUCGCACACUUCCUGCUCGGCUAUCAGCUACACGAUGACAUAUCUCGCAGCGCGCUGCACGAAGCGGGCGUGGCCGGUACGCCCCGUACGUGUCUGCACGCCGCUCUCGACCUGCUCGACGCGCACCUCAACGACCAGAACCGGGAGGCGACUCCGUUAGUGGAGAGCUGCUACCGCUUAGUGUACUGCCUGGUGUCCUCGCCGGCCACCUCGACUCCCGCGCUGCGCUUGUUGCGAGCCCGGGACUACUUCCUCGCACGACAUCUUAAGGCAACCAUCAAUCUAGAGACGGCGUGCCCGCUGUCGCUGGCGGCCCGCUCGUGGGCGCUGCGGGCGUGUGCGUGCGAGGCGGGCGCCGCCGCCGCCUCGUCGCAGCACGCCGCGCUCACGGCGCUGCUGACGGCGCUGCACCGAGACUCGCGCGCCGGCGACCAGGAGUGGGAGACAUGCGUGAUCCGCACGUGCCUGGAAGGGCUGGCGGUGAGCGUGCAGGCUGUGCCCGAGCCGCGCUGGGAGGUGUUCCACGCGCAGCAACUGCGUGACGUCAUCGCCGCCUGCGACCUGCCCGCGCUCGCGCUUUCGGGUGGCAGCGUGUGUAAGCGCAUCAGUGUGACGCGAGUGCACGCAGUACUGGCGCGUGAGUUGGCGGCCCUGCGUGCGUCCGCGCCGCAACGCUCGCUCGUGGCUGAAGAGAUACAGAAGGUGCUCGACUACGUAACUGAAGUUAACCAGCAACGCAACUUGGCAGCGACGCUCACACACUACUACGACUCGUGGCGGCAACUCACCGAGAUAAUAUUCUGCGUCGCGCCACAAGACCUCCUCAACAUUGAAGACAGGAAGACGCUCAUCCUCAACAUCCUGCAAGACCUGCUAAACAAAAUCCCACCCGCUGAGGUUCUGCCGCAGAUCGGAAACUUAGCAUCCGGCACAGUUCUACUCUUACUAGUCAAUCUGCGACAUUGCUAUAUCUUACAGAAGCGGGAGUCCAACUUAAAAUCCUCAGAAUUCGAAUCAUCAUUCUUCGGACCGUCCAAUCAGAUCAUACAAACGAAAUCACUUACGCUCAAAUUUAUACUGCACAAAAUAUUAAGCUGGAUUCUGGUCUCUGGUGGCUCGACUCAGAAGAUGCGAGUCAAUCUGUACGGAGCGCUACUCAACUUCUUGAACAUUGUUAAUUUGAAGCCCAGCGCCGCGGACCCCGAAGAGGAAAUCAACUCGACGUACGUCAGUCGCCUAGACAGUUCCAAAUCGAGACCGAAUAAGGAAACCUCUGCACUGAAGUCGAUGGUGGUGGAAGUGAUUAAUAACUUCGGUGACAAUCUGUGCUCGAUAGUGUGCAGUGACUGUGUGGGGGGCGGACACGACGUGUGUCGGAUGGUGGCGCUCUCGUGUCUGGACACGCUGAUAGAGAUCAACCCGGCCUCGGACUGGAUGAACACUCUCACCAACCAGGGCUACUUGAGGAGUCUCAUCGACGGCCUGCUGCAGGACGAUGAAGGUUUGAAAGAGGCAUUAGAACCAUCACCGAAAUCGCUACGAGUACUAUAUGUGUACGAAUCCAAAAUAACGCUAUUAAUCAAGAUAGCGGGGACCAGGUUCGGCGCCGAGACUGUUUUGGCCCAGGGGGCUCUAUCGUGUCUCGCCAACCUGAAGGCGCUGGACUGUCACCCCGAUGUCCACACUGGAUAUGCGAAUCAUAAAGACACCGAAUUCGUACCGUCUGUGGCUAACAGGUUCCGUCAGAUAUUAGUGCCCGCAUUGGCGCUGUGCGACGCACUGCUGACGACACUGGGCACACAGAACCACAGCUGCGCGAUGCACAUCACACACUUCCUGCUCAGCCACUUGGAAUGUGUCGACUUGGUGCUCAGAGCGACGCACCCGAGCUCGCCCGAGGGGCUGCUGUGCGAGGCCGCGGCGCUCACGUCGGUGGUGGCGCGAACGGCGGAGCGCGAGGUCCUUGCCGGUGUCCUUGCUGACUCGGCGCUGCAGCGGGCGGGCGCGGCGCUGCAACGGCUACAUGCGCUCAUGUGCACGCUGCUCGACCGCAUGCACGCCCCCGACAACCCGCACUGCUACAAGAUAGUGUGUAACCUUUUGCUGUUCGCGCGGAACACGUCCGAGGCCGAGUGGAGCUCGUCGUCGAGCCGGCUGGGCGCGUCCAUGGUGCGUCUGCUGCGAGAGCUGCCGGCCCGCCUGCGAGCGCUCGACAAGCCGCCCGCGAUCGCCGCCGUCACUGACAUGACGCCGCUGGAAAUAAAGAAUCUUCUGGGCGAGGAGGCGACGCCGUCGUCCCCGCUGGAGGCGCGAGCCGCCGCCGUGUCGCUCCUGCGGCAGCGACACCGCGCGCGGCGCCAGGAGCUGGCGUACUGCGAGCACGUGCUGCAGGCCGCGCUGCACGUGCUGUGGGCGCGCGCCAGGCUCUACCUGCGCACCAGCGUGCCGUUGCGCUACGCGGAGUGGUGUGACAACUCCAACGUGAGCCGGAGCGAGGUGCUGAGUGUGACGUCAGUAGGCGCGGAGGCGGCGGCCGAGUUGCGCAGCGCUCUCAUCGCCAUGUUCAAUGACCGCUUCACCGACGAACUGCUCGACCUCGCCAAGAAACAAUCGGAGGUGGACCGAGGCUUCCUGGAGAUCCUGGUGAAGGACAUCAAGCUGAUGGUGCAGUUCACGCCGCACUAACUCUGUUACAGUGUGUCAUGUAUCGCCGUGUCAAACUCUACGUUUCCAGUUCAACCAAAAAAAAACAUAUUGUAUCAUUGACGUACAAAAAUCAACUAGACCUUAAAAAAACUUAAACUUAACUUACUUUACUCCUUUUAUUUCACUUAACAGCAGGUGACCCGUACGCUUUUUCAUAAAAAAAGACUCCGAAAAGAACUGCGGGGUUUUUUUUGUUUUCGAGUAUAUUGAAAAAAUUAUUUCAUUAUUCUUUUAUUGUAUUUUGAUAUAAGAUGAUGGUCUUGUUACCAAUGCUCUAAAUAAAUAAAUCAACAAGAACAACAACUACUAGACUCCUAAUUGCCUAGUAAAUCGUCACAAAAUAUCCGAGCGAUGUUCUAUGUACGUAUACACAGAACACCGCUCGGAUAUUGUAACUGUAACAUUGAAAUAAUCUUUCGAACGAACACCUUACUCGGUAGCAUUAAUGUUCAAAGUCUAUUGUAUACACUCAUUAGGAUUUAAUUUAGAGUUUAUGGUGCGAAAGAGACAGACGCGAACACGAGGCAAGAACGUUUUGUUUUAGCAAAUGAAAUAAGAAAAAUUAUUAAAAACUUCAAGCUUGUUACACAAUUAUCUGAAAUACGACUAUAGUUUGGAUAUCCUGUUAUUUGAACAGAUUUUCACUGAACACUUUAUCAUUGCGUGGUGUUGUAUUCAAAGCGCGGUCUAAACACAACUGAACGAAAACACUGCCAUUAGGCAGACUGUCAAUUAAGACGCGUAGGCAGAGUUUUGCUUCGGACAAUUUUUGAGCGUGAUUGUAAGUUUAGCUGUUUAUUGUACGUCUUCCAUAACAAAACGAAUAUGAUUUAUUAAUUUAUAAUUAUUUGAGUAACAUGUUGACCAAUUCUCGCUUCAACUCUGCCUGUAUGGAAAGUAUUAUUAAAUGUCAAUAACUAAUAUUUUAUUAAUUAACAAUAAAUUUUUAAUAAAUUUCCCGUGAGAAAAACGCACAAGAAGCUUACUGGCCACUUCUUUCAAUACAAUAUUUUAUCUAAGGGUCAAGUAUCUGUACUAGAACAAACACGAGAAAUAAUUUUUCUAUAUUUGCGUUACUAUUAAAUACACAAAAAGUAAAUUUUCAUUAUCUUAUUAAUGUUAAUAAAUGAAUCAUAAUUUUUCAAAUAGCGAUCAUAGGUACCUAAAACGUCACAGUAAUAUCAGAUCCUUAGAUCAUUUAUACGUCCAGACAACCGAUGAAUACAGGCCAAGUUAAUUACUUUAGUGUGCGUGACAAGCUACGUCUUACACUCGCGAUUUGUAUGUCACUUUGUGUAUUCUAUUCUAUUCUUUCUAGUGGCUUCUGUGGAAGGCACCACAACUCGCCAAUGUAUCGUUUCAGUAGACCAACAAGCUUAGAGUGUGUCAUUUGAUCGGUGUAAACGAAUUUACAAGUGAUUAUAGUAAUGACCGGUGCCCAGAAUCAAAACAGAUUUAUUUUCUUAUUAUACCUGAAACAAAUAUACAUGCUGUUAGAUUAUAAUGGACAAACACUGAUAAUAUUACUUAUAUAAAACAUUUAUUGUGUUAGUUAUAACUUAAUAUUAUUUUGUUUAAUAUAUUUACGUAAAAUAUUUACAAAAGGAGUGAAAACAAAGGUUUGGAAGGAUUUCAGGAGGUAACCUCAAUGUUUUUUUUGAUGUUUUGACAGCUGUCACAGUCUAUCUCGACGUAUAGAUGAUCUAAGAUCUGAUCCUUAGAUAUAUUGUGAAGCGUAGGGAGGAAAUGCUUGUUAACUAUUUAAGAUAUUAAUUUAAUUUGGCUUCUUCUAAAUAUUUUCGCAAACAAGAAUCUAAGCUUCGUAGAUUUAUUCACUUUGUAUAAUAAUAAUGUAUCUGUUUCGCGGUAGUUGUUGAAUUGUAAAAAUUUUGGUAAUAAUAAGUGUUAAAAAGAAUAAUUUUGUUGUUUAUGUGAAAAUAUUUGGAAGUUGCGAUAUAUUUCUAAGUACUAAAUAAAUUUUGUAAUUUC